GUGAGUGCUGAACUGUGUUGGCAAUCCUACGUGACGUUUCCACUUGAAUAUCUUCGAAUUUAACUAAUUUUGUACCGAUAUGCGGCCGAAUUUCUGCUACAGUAAUCACAAUUUAUCGCAAAUAUUCCAAUCAUAAGCAUAAAUCUUUUUUUUCGCUUUUUUCGCAAUGACGUGCGCCCCUGGUAUCAAACCCAAAUUCCCCAGAAACAGCUGUUGAAAUGCACAACAAAAAUAUUGAAAAUGACAUGAGGUGUGUGUGCCCGAAAAUCUCGAUCCGGACGUUUUAAAUCAAACUGAAACCUCCCCGCGUGCGAAAUAAUUAAUUAUGGACAACAAAAUGUGCAACAUAACUCAAAGUGACAGUGAUGACCAAGAGAACAUAUCCGAGAACGAAGUGGAGUUAACGAACCGAGUGUUCGAGGUAAACAGCGAGGACUUGCGGCCGCUGUUUCUCCAGGAGUCGCACCUGUCCGACCACCAGCUCCUCGACGAGGACGAGCCCUUCUGGCCAAACGCCCUCGACGACCUCGACGGAGUCAACAUUAACAACUUCUUCCACCGAGUGUCCUCGGACCAAGUGAUCUACCAGGCGAAGAAACGCCUCAAGAUGAUCGGCAAAUACGUAAUGGGGGACCUGCUGGGGGAGGGGUCGUACGGCAAAGUGAAGGAGAUGUUGGAUUCGGACACUUUGUGCAGGCGUGCGGUGAAAAUUUUAAAACAGCGGAAGCUCAGGAGGAUACCGAAUGGAGUACAAAACGUAGAAAGGGAAAUCAAAUUGCUAAAGUCGCUCAAACACAAAAACGUUAUCAGUCUAGUCGAUGUUUUGUACAAUGAUGAGAAGCAAAAGAUGUAUCUGAUUAUGGAGUUUUGCGUGGGGAGUCUGCAGGGGAUGCUGGAGUCGACGCCUUCCAAGAAAUUCCCGUUUUUUCAGGCUCAUGGGUACUUCACGCAGUUGGUGGAUGGGUUAGAGUAUUUGCAUAGCAAACGGGUCGUGCAUAAAGACAUUAAACCAGGGAAUUUGCUGCUAACCUUGGAAGGGGUGCUGAAAAUUUCGGAUCUGGGAGUGGCGGAGACAAUCGAUUUCUUCGCCAACGACGAUACUUGCGUUCAAGGACAAGGUUCGCCAGCUUUUCAGCCUCCAGAAAUAGCUAACGGUUUAGAUUCCUUCCCGGGGUUUAAAGUCGACGUGUGGAGUAGCGGAGUUACAUUGUAUAAUUUUGUGACUGGGCAAUAUCCGUUCGAAGGUGAUAGUAUUUAUAAGUUAUUUGAGAAUAUAGGAAAGGGCGACUUUACAAUACCAGGUGAUAUUGAAGAUCCUUUGAGGAGUUUACUGUGGGGAAUGUUGCAGAAAGAGCCUGAAGAACGAUUUAGUUUGCAACAAAUUAGGCAGCACCUUUGGUUUUCUAAGAGGCCACCCCUAACUGAGGCACCAGUUCCUAUACCACCUUUAAGAAAUGAUGAGUUCCACUGUAUGACUGUUUUACCAUAUCUGUUUGAUCAUUAUUAUGACACUUCAGAUACAGCCAGUAACCUCCAGUACUUUACGCAGCGCCAGCUGAACGAAGAGAUAAUGAAACGCGAAGCCGAACAAAACAACGGGAAUGCUCAACCAAACCAAAGUUCAAAACGUAGGUGGAAGAAACCAAUCUCUUGUAUCGCAGUUAGAAAAUUACCGGGUUGUAAACAAUCUUGACAAAACUUUUGUAUUAUUUUUUAUUAUUGUUAUUAAUCUUUUCCCGCAUAAUUACUGAUCGCAUUAAACUGUUGUUGCAUUGUUUACAAAUUUAUAUUGUUAUAGAUGUUUAAAUCUCAAAUGUUUUUUAUUUUUGUUGUCUCUGGAGGGUGUUUAAUACGAUCAGUAAAGUAAUAACACCAGUGGAAAGACAGCAGCGUCAGAGUGCCAUAUGUAAGUUAAAAAAGAAAAUAUCGAGAAAUAAAUAUGUUGACUGGUCAA